AUGCCGCCCCCGCAGGGACAGACACCGUCUCUCGUUGCCAGUGCUUCGCCCUCUGAAUUCUACGCCCUCAUCCUUCAAUCAUGCUUGAAGAGUGGCGACGGGAGAGAAGGGGCCCUUUCCGCCGCCGCUCAAGCAACCGGAAGAUCAGUCCACGCCGGUGUGAUCAAAUCUGGGCUAUGGAGUGUGUACCUCAUGAACAACCUCAUCAACUUCUACUCGCGUUCCGAUUCAGCAGCGGACGCUGGUCGCCUCUUCCGGGAGAUGCCCGUCAAGAACAUCUUCUCCUGGAACACUAUACUUGCUGCUGAAGCGAAGAAAAGUGGAUUAGAUGCCGCCAUGAGGAUGUUUGAUAGAAUGCCUAAGCGAGACUCCGUAUCUUGGACCAUCGUCAUCGCAGGCUAUAGCCGGAAGGGCAACCAUAGGGAAGCUACAAGAAUGUUCAUGGAGAUGAUUCGGGAGAGGUUCUCCCCAACCGAGUUCAGUUUCACCAACUUGUUGUCUUCAUGUGCUGCUGGGGGAGCUAUCGGUGUGGGGAGGAAAGUACACACUUUUAUAGUUAAACUGGGGAUGACUGGGUGUGUGGCGGUGGCAAACUCUCUCGUCAAUAUGUACUACAAAUCUGGAGAUGUGGGGACGGCGAAGAUGAUCUUUGAAAGGAUGAGCCUCAGGAGCGUCUCGAGCUGGAAUGCUAUGAUCACUCUGCAUGCUCAGACCGGACGACUCGAUCUGGCUCGAGCCCAGUUUGCAGAGAUGACAGAACGAAGUGUCGUCUCAUGGAAUGCCAUCAUUGCAGGCUGCAAUCAGAACGGUCACGACGUGGAGGCCCUGCAUUUCUUCCGGAUGAUGCUGAAAGAUCCUUCUGUCAGUCCAGAUAGUUUCACAUUCACCAGUGUUCUGUCGGCCUGUGGCAAUCUUGAGAUGCUGAGGCCAGGCACACAGGUCCAUGCGAGCAUGGUCAGAUCCCAAGGACUGUCCUGUGGCCCGCUUGAAAAUUCCUUAAUCUCAAUGUAUGCCAAAUGUGGCAAGGUUGACAAUGCUCGUAAGCUAGUGGAGCAUUCAGCAUCUUCCAAUGUCGGCGUCAUAACGUUUACCUCACUUGUUGAGGGGUACAGUAAGCUAGGGGACCUGCAGCCUGCAAGGCAGAUAUUCGAUUCGAUGAAGCACCGCGAUGUGGUUGCUUGGACGGCCAUGAUCGUUGGGUAUGUGCAGAAUGGCUUCAAUAGUGAUGCUAUUGAGCUCUUUAGGCUGAUGCUGGAGGAUGGUCCCAAGCCAAAUAAUUACACUCUCGCAGCAAUGUUGAGUGUUUUUUCUACCUUAGCGCUACUCAAUCAUGGGAAGCAACUCCAUUCAAGAGCCAUUAGAUCAGGACAGGUUGACUCUGUCUCUGUCAAUAAUGCACUCAUCAUGAUGUAUUCGAAAGCAGGCAGCAUUGUCUGGUCAAGGAGAGUUUUUGACCAGAUUUGUUGGAGCAGGGAAACAGUUUCUUGGACUUCCAUGAUUAUAGCGCUCGCGCAGCAUGGAUUGGGAGAGGAAGCGAUUGCUUUGUUUGACCAGAUGCUCCUUGCAGGGAUCGAACCGGAUCAUAUAACCUUUGUUGGUGUCUUUUCUGCAUGUACGCAUGUUGGGCUGGUGGAAGAAGGCAAGAACUACUUCAUGCAGAUGCAAAAUGCCCACAAGAUCAGGCCUACUGCAAGUCAUUAUGCCUGCAUGAUUGAUCUAUUUGCUCGUGCAGGGUUACUUCAGGAAGCCCAAGACUUCAUCGAGAAGAUGCCUGUACAACCAGAUGAUAUAGCCUGGGGUUCACUUCUAUCUGCCUGUAAGGUUCACAAAAAUCCAGAGCUUGCAAAACUGGCUGCAGAUAGAUUACUGGCUAUUAAUCCGGAUAACAGUGGUGCCUAUUCUGCUCUGGCCAAUGUGUAUUCAACGUGUGGGAGGUGGGAAGAUGCUGCUAGUGUCUGGAAGCUGAUGAGGGAAAGGGGAGUGAAGAAACUCCAAGGGUUCAGUUGGAUUCAUAUCAAGAACAAGGUUCACAUCUUCGGGGCUGAUGAUGGUCUGCAUCCACAACGAGAAGCAAUAUAUGAGAUGGCAGCAAAGAUCUGGAAGGAAAUUAAGAAAGCUGGUUUCGUUCCAGAUGUCGAUUCUGUCUUGCAUGAUAUCGACGACGAGUUGAAGGAACAGCUACUGAGUCGGCACAGUGAGAAACUUGCGAUUGCAUAUGGUUUGAUUAGUACACCAGAGAAAACAACGUUGAGAAUCAUGAAGAACCUUAGAGUCUGUAAUGACUGCCACUCUGCGAUCAAAUUCAUCUCCAAAGUCGUUGGAAGAGAGAUCAUAGUUAGAGAUGCGACUCGUUUUCAUCAUUUCCGGGAUGGUUCUUGCUCUUGCAAAAAUUAUUGGUGA